UUCGUGAAAAAAAUGAAUAAAAAACGAAGGAUCCUCGAAACGAUUUUUAUCCUUAUUCUAAUGAUAACGGGUAGCAGGGCGAAUGGAGGAGAUGUCCCUUUAAGAUGCGAUGAGUACGAUUCCAUGGGAUUUAUGGACGUGAACGAGGCUUUUUGCACAGUCACCGGAUUCACGGUCACUCACAGUCAGAAUAUCGUGAUCAAAAAUAUACCACCCGGCAACAUGGUCAAGUUCAUGAAGUUCUACGAGUCAACGCUGCUAUAUAUGCCCUUCCAUCUCUUCGAAACGUUUCCGUAUCUGAAGACCCUGGACGUAUCGAAUACGAAUAUUUUGGAGCUCACUAGGAAUGCGUUUAGUGCGGCCAGCAAUCUGACCUACUUGAAUCUGGCCUAUAACAAUCUGACCUCCAUUCAGACAUCUGUUUUCAUCGGAGCUAAUGUCCUGAUGCGUUUGGAUCUGUCCUAUAAUGAGAUAUCUUCGCUUAGUGUUAAUGCUUUCUGUGGCCUGCAGACCAUCAGUCAGAUAUUUCUCACAGGCAAUCUGUUGGAGGAGCUGCACAAUGAUAUUUUCAAGGAUAAUGAGUAUUUGGAGAAGGUAUCCUUCGAGGGCAAUCGACUGACCAGCGUUCAACCGGAAGUAUUUCGCAAUAUGAGGCGUAUUAAGGAGGUGAAUUUAUGCAACAACCAUCUGGUUUCUAUCCAUCCGGAUACUUUUGCCGAUGCUGCUAGCUUGGAGAAUCUGGUGUUGUCAUACAAUGAGUUGAAAAGCUUCCAGUUGGCGGAGAAAAACAUAGUUCAUCAGCUGCACUUGGAUUAUAAUAAUCUGACGAGUUUGACCAUUAAUGCAACGCGAUUUGUUCGCGCCAGUCAUAAUCAAAUUUCGGAGCUGUAUUUACACCAGAGUUUGCAUAUCGAAACGUUGGAUUUAAGUGCCAACAAAUUGACUAGCAUAUCCAACAUCACAAAUAUCACCUACAUGCUGUAUCUGGAUGUGUCGGAUAAUCCCAUUGGUCCACUCAAUGUCAGCACUUUUUCGCAACUCAAGAGACUCAGAGGAUUGAAUCUGCGAGGAACUGGCAUUCGAGAGCUCAUGUUUGGAAUGUUUUCGAAGCAGAAGUACUUGGAGGAACUGGAUCUGUCGUUUAACAACCUGACCAGCCUCAAUCUGGAUAUGUUUGUGCCGUAUUUGACGAAUCUGAAAAAGUUCCUAAUAGACGGCAAUGGAUUGACUGAGCUGCGAGGAAAUCGCACGUUUUCUGACGCCUUUCCGCAACUUCAGAAAUUGGGAGUUUCGAGAAACAGCUUCAACUGCUCCUAUCUGCACCACCUGCUCAUUCCGCCUUCGCUGCCCGAAUCGGUGGUGCUGAAUAUCGAACCGGACUCCAAUAUGGAGGAGACGCCGCAUAUCCGAGAUGUAUCCUGCAUCAGUCAAUCCCAACAGGCGGUGAAUGCCUCCUUUACCGCCGAGGAAUCCCUUCUGGAGUCGCAGAUCAACAAGUUGUCGAAGCAGUUGGAAAUAGUCGUGUCCCAUUCGAAGAACCUGGGACUUCAUCUGGCCUUUAUGCAGGUCUUCGCCUAUGUCCUUGGAGGUCUGAUCCUUGUGGGCGCGAUGGCACUUGUAACUCUCAGGUACCUGAAAAAUCGCCGAACUGGUCGAUUCGAUCGCAGCAGCAUUGUCUUCCACUCCAGUGCCACAAUGGAAGCUAACCUCACCCUGGGCAGUGCAGAUAUGUAGUAUUAACACGAAACCUUAAGGCUAAUGUUUGAUGUAGUG